GUUCAAGAUUUGAGUAUUUGAGGUUAUUAUUAUGGUUAAAAGAAAUAAAUAAGAAAAAUACAUGUAUUUUGUUUGGAAACCAAGUAUAUGUGACCUUAAAUAACCGUUACGAACGUUCUGAUAAGAUAAAAAAGUUUACACUGCCUUUAUUCUUUAGUAUAGAAGAAACAACCUGAAAAGAAUGUCUUACAAAAAUAAUUCUUAUGGUGAAGAACACCCAAGGAAUUUGAUUCCUGAGCUAUGCAGACAAUUUUACCACCUAGGAUGGGUCACAGGAACAGGUGGAGGAAUAAGUAUAAAACACGGAGAAGAAAUCUACAUUGCACCAUCAGCCGUACAGAAGGAACGUAUACAGCCCAAUGAUUUAUUUGUGCAAACCAUCAAAGGAGUCGAUCUGGAACUACCGCCACCUGAGAAAAAGCUCAAGAAAAGCCAAUGCACUCCUCUCUUUAUGUGCGCUUACACCAUGAGAAAUGCUGGGGCAGUAAUUCACACACACUCGAAAGCUGCCGUUAUGGCCACUAUGCUGUUUCCUGGCAAGGAAUUCAAGUGCACGCACUUGGAGAUGAUCAAAGGGAUAAAGAAUCAGGGAACGGGUAAGAAUUUUCGGUACGAUGAAGAAUUAGUGGUUCCUAUUAUUGAAAACACACCGUUCGAGGAAGACCUUAAAGACAGAUUGGCAGAAACUAUUGAGAAAUACCCUCAUACUUGUGCUGUGCUUGUGCGUCGACACGGGGUCUAUGUAUGGGGCGAUACUUGGCAGCAGGCUAAAACUAUGACGGAAUGCUACGAUUACUUGUUCGAUGUGGUGGUUCAGAUGAAACUGCAUGGGUUAGACCCUAGUCUGACCCCUGAACAGUACGAGUUAAAAGUACAGAAUGAAAAGUAAAUAUAUGGAUAUAAGUGUUUGAAGCUGUGGUUUAUAUAUUUGUAUAUUUGAUUAUAAUUGUAUAUGAAACAAACAAUUUGUGAAAAAUAAAAAUUUGUCAAUGUUA